AUGGACUUCGGGAUGCAACCGGACUUCCUUGCUCUGUGGAAGCAGGAGAAGACUCAACUGGCUCUGGGGCACAGCCUUUGGCCCGUCACAGGCAAGCGCAAGGCGGAGGACUGGACGGCAGAGACCUGGAAGAAGAGGAGGCACGAGAAGGUCGAGAGCUUCCCAAAAGAUGCCAGGUUCAGCACGCACGACGAGGUAGCACUGCUUGAAGUCUUUGGCGCCCGCUGUGCGGAUUUACCCACCCUCCUGGCCAGCGUGGGCUGGGCGGCGGUCUCUCGAUGGCGGUCAGGGCGGGGGAGAAAAGAAGACUCAGGUGGUGGGGCCAGAAUCGGCGACCACCCCGAUCGUCCGAGGUCCAAAUCUGUUGAGCCCUCUUCUUCAUGGGGCACAGGUCCAUUCAGCUCUGAUGGCGAUACUUCUGGCCGUCCUUUGCUUUUCGGAGUCCAUCAUUGCAGCAAUGAUUUGCUCCAGCCUCCUCGCAAUGCUUGCCAUGGUCUCUGUGGCGAGCCAAGUGCUGUCCAUUUCUUAUGA